AUGCAGUUAAAAUACAAGACUAUUGAUUCAACUGUUUAUUUCAAUAUCAGACAAAGUAGGGUGAGGACUUCGUACAAAACGGUAAGUCAAAAUUAUUGUUCAUACGAUUUAAGUAAUUUAGGUUAAAUAUAACUAUCAUAACGCGGUUUAGCCAGGUUUUCAUUAACCCUUCAAAUCUUAGUAAGUUUUCUUGGUGUGUUUAGUUUUAAAACUGUUUUAAAGUUGUGUUACAGUAAUAUCGUUUAAUUACUUUAUCUAUACGUCCGCGUAUAUAACCACAGUUAAUAGACUAAGAAAAUUGAUAUAACAAACUUGCGAAUACACAACACUUGGUUCUGAAGUAUAAAAUUCUGAAAGGAAUGCAGUAUUAGACAGGGAUGUAUUCAAAAUAAAAAUAUAAUAAUUUGCAACUGCAUGACUUGUUGGUAAAUUGAAUGAAUUUUAAUUCUACUCUAGAAUGUUCACCAUGCAUACCUCACUGUUCGUCAUCGUGUGGCUUUCGCUGGGUCACCUGUGGUUGAGUACCUCAGCUGAGUCAAAGGCAAGUUAUUCUAUACUCACUUUAGCCCUGGCCAGUCAAAAUAUUGGUGUUCACAGUCACAAAUUACUCUUUACACAGAUUUUUGAAGAUAGUAAUAUAAGCUACUAACUUCCUGACGAAGGGCUUCGGCUCAAAACGUCGAAUUUCGUUUUCAAUGUCAGAUUCUGGUAGCUGCAUCCCUGCAUACACUGGCACAGACAACUUCACAGACCGUUCAAGACUACAAUAUAGGCUUAUUCAUGAUUGGCUGAAAUACCCCAAAUUGAAUAUUGUUCGAUACUUUUCUAGAAAGUCAGUCUUCGGGGUUAUGAUCCUGGAAAAUGUAAUAAAGGAAACCAUGGCAAGUUAGUCAUGAUCAAAAAUCGUGAGGACAAUGACAAACUGUUGGUUUGUGCUGAAGAAAAUAACGUUUAUCUCUGGAAAGCAACUGAUGGUAAGGUUUCAUAUUGCAAAUUGACUGUCAUUACAUGCUGUCAAAAUUCACAAACUAAUCCUGAUUUUGCAACGCAUCUUUACAAGGUUCCAAUCCAACGGGAGAGUAUUUAAAUCCUGCAUACGACUGUUCAGAUGCUCUCAACAAAAUCUCUGAGGCAAAGGAUGGGUUUUAUUGGAUCAAGUUAUCUGGAAAUGUUCCAAAAAAGGUACUUCUAUAUAUCAGCCGUGGUUGCUGCAAUUUAUGAUCAUAAUAAAGUUUACGACUUUGCUCUGUAACACUUUUUGUUUUAGGCGUAUUGUGACAUGAGUACUGACGGAGGAGGGUGGGUGUUGAUUGGUCGUAAAACGAACCCUGUCACGUGGACAGUACCAUCCAAUAAUAAGACAGUUGAACCAUUUGGCAAACCUCAUUGGUCCAGCUCACUUGGUGAAGCUCCAAUCGUUGACUUCCGUGUUCAAGUAGCAACCCAAGAAAAUUUCAGUGCAACAAAAGCUCAUUGGUGGGUGCAUUAUUAAAGCAUAAAUUUGCUCUCCAAACGGCUGUAAUAACUGUUUACAUGUAUAAAGGCCAGGCUUCUUGUAAGCAUUCAGUUCUGUUAUACACAUGAAAUUAUAUUUCCCAAGUGAAAUAAGUUUGUUUCGUAGUAAAUUAAUAAUCAUGAUGAUCAUUAAUGGAUGGCAUAAUCAAGGCAUUUUUCAAAUAUAUAUCGCCUGUGGCAUUUUCCCCCGUAGACCCUUGCCCCGACCAGCAGUAAAGCAAGAUUUUCAGAUUAACUGGGCGGUUGCAAUAGUUGAAAAAGCUGCGUCUGCUUACUUUCCUAUAUUUUCUUAAAUUCUUGACAUUCUAUCUGAUGAAUGAUUCAUCAGAUGGAAUGUCAAGAAUUUAAGAGAAUAUAGGACCAUGAAUGGUCUUUUUAAGACUCUACCCAGUAGUUGUAAUUUCUACUCUGUGCAUUAUAAACAUUAAUAAUAUGUUUCAUGAUAGUGGUGAUGUUACGAACGAUAACUGUAUAUGACUUCCUCCUUUUCAUAACCCGCGUAUAGGUCGUUCAGACUGAAAAACAAACGCCCUUUAAAAAAUCUUUUGAUCCUCAAUGAAGGAGGAUGUGGUAGAUUAUGGCCAGGAAUUGGUGAUAUUUCUUAUGUUAAAGAUCUUCAGACUGAGGAAAUUAUCACGACAAAAUUUCGUUGUUCACAGUUCAGCUCUUAUCAUUCCAAGUCAGACGGUUUUGGUUGGGUAAGUUUUUAAAGCGACUAAUUAUUUCAUAUUACAAUCUUUUUCCCACAAACAAUAUUCUAUAUAAGUUCGAGUUUCGCGACUUUGAAUUAAAUCCUGUCAGAAUUUAUACAUGAAGUUAAAUUUAUUACAUAGGACAUGUUGAACAAUUGUUUGAACAGUCCAUGUUCAUCUGGCUUUGCCUUCCACAAAAAGUAUCCAGUUCAAAUUGACUUUUCAGGAGCUUUUAGGUAAAUAUUACGAAUGUCAGUUUUUAAAAAUAAUAUGGUUUUCAACUUAAGUAAGUAUAUCACACAUAAUUAAAACAAUAAUCCAAUAUUAAAUACAAUUUUCCUACUCUACAGCUAUAGUGCGUCUGCAAAUACUUCAGGAAUCACCUAUGAUUCAACCUCAUUUGUUGGCUGUGAAAAUCGUAAAGUAAGUUUUUUAUUAAUACACCAUGUAUAUACUAGUCCAUUAAACUACAAUAUUAUACAAAUAUGCACAAGGCUGGUAUCGGACUAAAUACUUCCGGUAACCUUAAAAGUAAGAAGUGGAUACUUAAUUCACGGUCGUCAGUGAGUUAAACACUACAAGGUCAAGCCACAAAUAAUGAGUACGAUUUUUCGGCCAUAUAGUAACAGUACUGUCUUAUGUACUUGUAGUGUUGCGGAUGUUUUGGUCCUGUUGGUGGCAAGAAAAAUUACUGUGGCACUGAAUGCAGAGCUAAAAAUGGUGGAACUGUUGUGAAGAAUGUCUAUACAUGGUUUUGGGUGAGAUCAUCACUACCGAAAAGAGUCUGGAACAAAUGUAUGGAGUAUAAAGUGACUGUUGGUCAAGGGAAAAUGGUUUGGUACAAAUUAUAUAAUGGAAAUGCUGUUCCAGUAAUGGUCAGUUUUACUUUUAUUUCAUUUAAUGAUAACUAUUAAUAUGGAUUAUGGGUUUUAAGAGUGUUUUCUUUUAAUUUCCAAACAAAACUAAAGCUAAAGGUAGAAAAUAAAUUUUUGGAAUACAUUGUUAACUUAGCUUAAACAUUCCGAAAACAUCGCUUUUUUGCGUCUUUUUAGGGUCGGUGUGGUCAAAAAGAAGCUCUUCUGAACGACGGCGUAAGGCAUUGAUAUGUAUGCUAAAUAUAAAACAUUAAGCGUAAUAUUUUUUCAUGUUUACACCAUGCAUGUCAUUUGAAACCACUGAUCUUAUAUGUUGAGCUGAAUAAACUAAAUAUGCCUAGUUCUAUACCUUAUCCAGUUAUCUUUUACAGAUUGUCGUUGUCCCAGAUAGUGCCGCUGCCCAGAAAGUACCGCCUGUGCCAGGGUUAUUGGAAUACCGUAAGGACACCAAGGAACUUUAUGUAAGAUCUAAUGAAACAUGGAAUGUGAUUGGUGAAGAAAAGAAGGUAACAUUGACUUUGAUGUACCCUUCAGUCGAUAUAAAUUAAACAUCCUGCAGACUUGCCACAAACUUGGAAGAACUAAAAACGGUUCAAAUUUUCCCAUGCCAAACUGAAUACUGGAGAUUUAAUAAACAAAAACCUUAAGUCGGAAGCAGGACGUUUUGCCCCUCUUAUAAAUGUUUCAUGACACAAGCUUACAUUGACUAGAAGCAUAGUUCAAAAACGCAGUCAAUUUAGAUGUCAGUUAUCCCACAGUGGUUAUCCAAAACUUUAUGUCAGAAAACACAAGGAAACCAUUCCUAGAGAUCCACAAAUGUGAAUCUUAUGGGAAACAUUCCCAACAUGCCAACACUGUAAGAUUUUAUUAAAAAAUAAUAUUCGAAAUUGAACAUUUAUUGUCAUAGCUAACCGAAUGGCCCGAUUGGGCGUUAAACUGCAUGGAAUAUCCAAGCAUAUCUUUCAAAAGUGCACGUGUAGUGGAAACUAAGUUGUGAGACUACUAUAAGUUUAGGUAAUUGACAACCGUGUGACACACAACAAAGUUGCGUGACUUGGCAAGUCUGCUGAUCAGGGGGUGGAAAAAGUAUUGGUCCCAGAAAAUAUUUCCCCAAGAAAGAAAAAAAGGAUUAUUGUAAAAAUUUAGAUGAAAGAAGAAAAUUAAUUUAGAGGAAAAAUUUUAACCAAUGGAAAGAAUGUUACCUGCACUGUAGGUGACUUCCGAGAAAUGCAAUCAUAAAUACAUCCAUGCAUCUUAAUAGUGUGAUAGUGCACAGAUAUAUAGAGUGAAGACUAUAGAAUGAUGUAACAAAAAUGUUGUAUGGCAAUUUUCACAAUUUUCCGGGAGAGCAUGCAUCCCCCUCCUUUUUUGGCAUCUGCAUUUACCUUAGGAUCAGACCCCUGAUGCAUGUUAUCUAAAUUUAUGUUAUAUAUUCCUAUAGGUUUUAUGUUAUAUCCCUAAUAUUCUCAAUGCACUGAAAUUAUUUUAUGGUUGAAACAUGGCAUGACAUUCAGUUUGACAACUUGUUAGUGUCACCCAUGCAGUUAGUGUCCGAGUGUCGAUUUACUUGAUUACUUGCAAAAAAUUUUCAAUGUUCUCUUGCGGUCCCAAAAAGUAAAAUAUUUUUUCCACCCCCGAUGCUGAUCAUGCAUGGAUUAUUAAAAUGCCACCUAAGGUGAAACUAUGCCAAAUAAUGACCAUUAAAAAGUAUUAAAAAGAAAUAUAGCUUACUGAAGUUUCAAUUUAGGACAUUACUAAACGGAAAUGAUCAAACCAAUUUAAAAUUUUAAAAGAUUCUCAGUUGUACUUGGGCUGGCUAGUGAGAAAGCAGAACGAGGCAUUACGUAAUAUCAUAAUAGUUUCUACCAAUUAGCUUAAUAUAGAAUUUGCAAAACUCGAGAAAAAUCUGGCUGGACUCAAAACACAGUUGGGAAGCGUAAACAAGACUGUCAAUGAACAUAUCAAGAACUAUGGUUGGUAACGCGCUUAUUUUUAUCAUUAUUAUUAUUGACGUGCAUGCUAUGGUUUCUCCAGAGUCCACUCAACCUGGACAGUCUUUCGCGCGAUCUGUACUAUCUAUGUAUUGUCAACAGGUGGGAAAAUUGUCUGAGCAUGCGGGAGAAGAACAUAUGCGAGCUUCGGCCACUCGGUUGAUUCAAAAAACAUAAACAACAUGAACGAAGUCUUCGAAAGACAAUUUUGCAGGGCUGUUUAGACCCACAAAUCACCACAAAAAUUGGAUUGGCACAACCUGUAACAUGACAAAAUUCGUGUUUAUAGAAUUUUGAACGAGCGAAAAUUGUGUUUAAAUUACUAAGUAGGCUUGCGUCGAAAAAUUUCUAUGUACUUUCCAAAUCUAUAGGACAAACUAUGGUAAAUUUUCAAUAGGUUGUCAAGGAGCAAAAGAAUUCUAUAGAUGAAUCAUUUAUAAAACAACUAUAGUUUUCGAGUAUUUAAGAGAAAAUAUGACGUUAAAUAUUGUAAGGAGCAAUGCUGGAUGAUCCUGUUAGAUACAAUAUGCAGUCUUCAGCAUUCUCCCACUGAUGUGCAUUUUCAAGAAAAUUCGAUAAUAGUCUAUUCCUUAUUGUAGAAAUAAAUAUUAAGUCAGAGAACGUUCAAUAAAUAAUGUUUCAACCUGGCUAUACGCAUCCUCUAUUUUUUCAGUCUAUUCCUAAAUAAAAAUAUAUAGUUAAUCCCAAACACCAUCUUCUAUCACUAUCACAUCGACGACAUUCGUCUAAUUUCUCCUGAUGUAAGCCUUAAGGAAAAUCUGACGUUCAUGCAUGCAUUAUUCGUUUGACAGAGCUAGAUGGUCUGUAUGGCUCAAAAAUUUUGAAUCAGCAGCAAAACUACAUUGUUCAGUUAGAGAAAUGGCUUGGUGGCGCAAAGUCGUGGAAGUUAUGUUACCGUGCUACGGAAAAUGGCUGGGCAGCAUCUACCUUCCAUAACUUCUGUGAUUCUAAGAAACCGACUGUCACCAUCAUCCGAUCUCGAUCCUACAUCUUUGGCGUAUACAGCGAUGUAGCUUUUGGAGGUCAGUUUAUCAGCUUGUAUGAUUUAAGCAAUAUAAAAUGAAAAUUACGCGUCAAAUAUCUUCACAGAAUUUUAUCGAUCUCGAUUUUUUCUUGAAACAUUUUAAUCCGCAAAAUUACUUGAAGUUACAACAAUCUUGGAUUAACAUUUACUCCAAUGAAAUCGGUGAAUAUCCUUUCAGUCAAUUACCAAUUUUGACCAGUGGGUGUCCGUAGCAUGAAACGUGUAAGACAAGAGAUGUUACCUAUAGGGCCUAGUUUAGGUAUUUCAAUACAUUACAGGUUUCAACUUUCUUUGUUUCUCAAUUUCCCUUAGGUUCAUCACGUUACAGAAGUAGUUCCAAUGCAUUUAUCUUCUCCUUCGUGAAUAAAGACAACCUCCCACCCUUCAAAUCUCCUGUCAGAUACAGUGCAUAUGCUUUAUACACUAGUUCUAAUUAUAGUCCCACAUUUGGUGGUGGUCAUGAUAUUUAUAUUUCAAAUAAUGCCAAUGCAAAUACUGGUUCCUACACAAAUUUUGGCCAUUCCUAUCGACCACCAAGCGGGUACGGCUCAACCAAGGCGCAGAAUCUUCUCGCUGGCACUUACAAUUUCACGCCUAACGAGAUCGAAACAUUUUAUUUUAAUUAACUUUUGAUUAAAUUUUCAUGACGUAGAAUUGCAUUUAGAAACACAGUAAGAUAGAAAAUAACGUAAAUGAAUACACCGCACAUCAGGGAAAUUAAAUACGAGUAUUAAUUGCCAAUUAUAUGAGUAUUUUAUGCUACUGUGCUAUAUAUAGCUACUGUACUUACUGUCGAUAAAUGUGCUGUAUUUAAGCGAUUUGAACGAAUAAUAAUACUAAUAAUCAUUAUAUCAGGUAUAUAUAACGUGUUCAGUUUUUACUGAUUACUAUAAUAUGUUUGCCAAACAGCCCUGGUUAACCUUGUUUCGCCUUACGUCAUCAGCAUCAUGCAUUUUUGGAUCAAUGGACCUAUUCCCU